AUGGAUGAUCAAGGAAGAAAAGUAAUCGUCUGCGACAACGGCACUGGUUUCGUUAAGUGUGGAUAUGCUGGCAGCAAUUUCCCUGCUUUUAUUUUCCCUUCAAUGGUGGGGAGACCUAUCAUUCGAGCGGAAAACAAGAUUGGCGAAAUUGACGUAAAGGAUUUAAUGGUGGGAGAUGAGGCAUCACAGUUAAGGUCAAUGCUUGAAGUGAGCUAUCCUAUGGAGAAUGGGGUGGUCCGUAACUGGGAGGACAUGUGCCACGUUUGGGACUACACUUUUGGUCCCAGCAAGAUGAAUAUUGACCCGCAUGAGACCAAGAUUCUUCUAACCGAGCCUCCCAUGAAUCCUACUAAAAACAGAGAGAAAAUGAUUGAGGUGAUGUUUGAAAAAUAUGGUUUCGACAGCGCUUACAUAGCCAUACAAGCAGUCUUAACAUUGUAUGCUCAGGGUCUUAUAUCCGGAGUUGUUGUUGAUUCAGGGGAUGGAGUUACUCAUAUAUGCCCCGUGUACGAAGAAUUCGCUUUACCUCACUUAACUAGGCGUUUAGAUAUUGCUGGGAGGGAUAUUACUAGAUAUCUUAUUAAGCUACUUCUACUCCGCGGCUAUGCUUUCAACCAUUCUGCGGACUUCGAAACAGUUCGUAUGAUGAAAGAAAAGCUAUGCUAUAUCGGAUAUAACAUUGAGCAGGAGCAACGUCUCGCUUGGGAGACCACUGUCUUAGUUGAACCUUAUGUCUUACCCGAUGGUCGAGUGAUCAAAGUCGGCGGCGAGAGAUUCGAAGCGCCCGAGGCUCUAUUCCAGCCGCAUUUGAUCAACGUGGAGGGUCAAGGCAUAGCUGAGCUGGUCUUUAAUACUAUUCAGGCAGCUGAUAUAGACAUGAGGAACGAACUUUAUAAACAUAUAGUGCUCUCCGGAGGCUCCACUAUGUAUCCAGGGCUUCCUUCUCGGCUGGAACGAGAGAUAAAGCAACUGUACCUGGAACGGGUGCUCAAGAAUGACUGUGAUAAACUGGCGAAAUUCAAAAUCCGCAUCGAAGAUCCGCCGAGGCGCAAGGACAUGGUGUUCAUAGGCGGUGCGGUUUUGGCUGAAGUGUGCAAGAACAGAGACAAUUUCUGGCUCUCUAGAGCUGAAUACCAGGAGCAGGGUAUAUCAUGCUUGAGAAAACUGGGCCCGCGAGCGAGUUAA